AUGCACGAAAGACGUGCGUACAUACUGGUGGGAUUCGCGCUUCAGAUAGCCGUCGCGCCGUCUGUUCUUGUCGGCCUGCAUGGCAUGUGCAGGAAAAACAACAUCAACAUUUACAGCCGAACCUCUCUCAGCUAUGGAUUCUCUACCGCCCCAGACAUUGAAAUUCGCCUUCUCAAAAUGUCGGUUUGA